CUCGAGCUGCGAGAGCCUGGACUCCCCGCCGGCGGCGGCGCGGCCGCCCAGCGCGGGCUCCCUGUCCAGUUAAUGUGUUAAGAGCCAUUGACAUUUGAAGAUCAUCAGAAGUGAAGAUAAAACAUCUCAAAAAUUAUAAUUGCUUCCACUUCUCAUUCAGAGAAUUCAGUGCAUACAAAAUCUGCUUCUGUUGUGUCAUCGGAUUCCAUUUCAACUUCUGCAGACAACUUUUCUCCUGAUUUGAGGAUGGGGAAAUGAGGCAAUAAAGAAGUUGGACACCCAGACUGAGAGUACCUAGCUAGCAUGUAGAACAGUCAGGAUAUGAGUCCAGGUCCUGAGGGAGUCUAACAAAUUAGCAGAAAUGGAAGAACCACCCUUGCUUCCAGGAGAAAAUAUUAAAGACAUGGCCAAAGAUGUAACUUAUAUAUGUCCAUUCACUGGUGCUGUACGAGGAACUCUGACUGUCACGAAUUACAGGUUAUAUUUCAAAAGCAUGGAACGGGACCCCCCAUUUGUUUUAGAUGCUUCUCUUGGUGUGAUAAGUAGAGUAGAAAAAAUUGGUGGUGCUUCCAGUCGAGGUGAAAAUUCUUAUGGAUUAGAAACUGUGUGCAAGGAUAUUCGAAAUUUACGGUUUGCUCAUAAACCUGAAGGGCGGACGAGAAGAUCCAUAUUUGAGAAUCUAAUGAAAUAUGCAUUUCCUGUCUCUAAUAAUCUGCCUCUCUUUGCUUUUGAAUACAAAGAAGUAUUCCCUGAAAACGGUUGGAAACUAUAUGACCCUCUUUUGGAAUAUAGAAGGCAGGGAAUUCCAAAUGAAAGCUGGAGAAUAACAAAGAUAAAUGAACGAUAUGAACUUUGUGAUACAUACCCUGCCCUCUUGGUUGUGCCAGCAAAUAUUCCUGAUGAAGAAUUAAAGAGAGUGGCAUCCUUCAGAUCAAGGGGCCGAAUCCCAGUUUUAUCCUGGAUUCAUCCUGAAAGUCAGGCCACAAUCACUCGAUGCAGCCAGCCCAUGGUAGGAGUGAGUGGGAAGCGAAGUAAAGAAGAUGAGAAAUACCUUCAAGCCAUCAUGGACUCCAAUGCCCAGUCUCAUAAAAUCUUUAUAUUCGAUGCCCGGCCAAGUGUUAAUGCUGUUGCCAAUAAGGCCAAGGGUGGAGGUUAUGAAAGUGAAGAUGCCUAUCAGAAUGCAGAAUUAGUUUUUCUAGAUAUCCACAAUAUUCAUGUUAUGAGAGAAUCCUUACGAAAACUCAAGGAGAUCGUGUACCCCAACAUCGAGGAGACCCACUGGCUGUCUAACUUGGAAUCUACUCACUGGCUAGAGCAUAUUAAGCUCAUUCUUGCCGGAGCUCUCCGGAUUGCUGACAGAGUCGAAUCAGGGAAGACGUCGGUGGUGGUGCACUGCAGCGAUGGCUGGGACCGCACCGCCCAGCUGACGUCCCUGGCCAUGCUCAUGCUGGACGGGCACUACCGAACCAUCCAGGGGUUCGAAGUCCUCGUGGAGAAAGAAUGGCUGAGCUUUGGACAUCGAUUUCAGCUUAGACUCGGGCAUGGAGAUAAGAAUCAUGCAGAUGCAGAUAGAUCGCCUGUUUUCCUUCAGUUCAUUGACUGUGUCUGGCAAAUGACAAGACAGUUUCCUACAGCAUUUGAAUUCAACGAAUAUUUUCUCAUUACCAUUUUGGACCACCUGUAUAGCUGUUUAUUUGGAACAUUCCUUUGUAACAGUGAACAGCAGAGAGGAAAAGAGAACCUUCCUAAAAGGACAGUGUCACUGUGGUCCUACAUAAACAGCCAGCAGGACGACUUCACUAAUCCUCUCUAUGGGAGCUACUCCAAUCACGUCCUUUAUCCAGUAGCCAGCAUGCGCCACCUAGAGCUCUGGGUGGGAUAUUACGUGAGGUGGAAUCCACGUAUGAAACCACAGGAGCCCAUUCACAAUAGAUACAAAGAACUUCUUGCUAAACGAACAGAACUUCAGAAAAAAGUAGUGGAACUACAGAGAGAGAUCUCCAACCGGUCAACCUCAUCCUCAGAGAGAGCCAGUUCUCCUGCACAGUGUGUCACUCCUGUCCAGACCGUGGUGUGAAAGGACUGUUAGCCGGAGCCAUCACCACAAACUCCUGAUUACAAAUGGCAGCUCUGAGUAAAGUCUCCCGAAUUUAGAACCCAUCUAUGAGAGAAAGCCAGUCCUUUAUUUAUUUAAAUCUGAGUUUAGAACUGUAGCAGUGCAGGGGGCUUAAGUGAAAUGACCCCAUAUAUAAUUACAUGAUAAUAACACUAAUUUUAUUAAGUUACCCAAAGAAUAUUAAAAUGCUUCAAUCCUAAA